GAUGCAAAGGAGGAAGCAUGGUAAAGGCCGCGUCUUUCCAGGAUCCAUGGGCUCUUUGAGAGAUGAUCAGAGGGAGGCCAGAUGAUCUGCACAACACGCACGCCACUGUUUCUCGUCCGCAAAGGCAGCAUCGGAGUGUUCUCCCCAGCCCCGUGCCCCCUGGCUUGCCUGAUCGCUUCCGGAUGUUUCGCAGCUGUGAGUGGGAGAUCCUGGAGCGAUCCCUCAGCAUCCUCCAGGCCAGCGACUUCUACUGGGGCCCCUUGUCGGUGGGGGAGGCUCACGCCAAGCUCCAGCGGGAGCCCGUCGGCACCUACUUGGUGCGGGACAGCUCGCAGGGGAACUGCUUGUUCAGCCUGAGCGUGCGGAUGCCAACGGGGCCCGUCAGCCUUCGCAUCUCUUUCCAGGAGGGCUAUUUCCGCCUGAAGAACUGGUUUUCGGACUGCGUGGUCCGGCUGCUGGAGCUGGUGGUGGCAGGGACCCGGAACAAUCCUUUGCACUUUGAUGAGAUGGGGGGAAUCCCCCUGGUCUUCUCCGAACCCCUGUGCCGGAGCCGCCGGGCAGUGCCCACGCUGCGAGAACUGUGCUGCCGGAGCCUGCCCGCUGGCACCGUGCCAGGGGACNGAGCAGGGCUUGGGGGGUCCUUGGGGAUGCGCCCGAGGGAGGAGGUGGUCUCACCCCCGGGCGGAAGGGGAGAGUCAGAGGGGAGCAUCGUCCCCAGCCCCUCUCAGUCCUGGGCUGGGAGAUGA